AUGGAUCCACUGUCAAUGACGGCUAGCAUUGUUGCCGUUUUGCAGCUCACAUUGACCCUCGCAAGCUACAUCAACGAGGCGAAAAAUGCAACAGCAGAGCAGAAGAAGGUGGCAGUGGAGGCUGGCAAUCUCUACGCCCUCUUGACCAGUCUGCGCUUUCAAGUUGAAGAAGCCCGAUCCUCCGAUCCUUGGUUCAAUCAAGUGAAGCUAUUGGGAGUUCCAAAUGGCCCGCUCGACCAGUUCAAAGGCGUUCUUGAGUCUAUGGUAGAACAAUUGUCCACAUCUAGGAAGAGAGACCAGGUCAGAUCAGCACUAUUAUGGAAAUUCACCAAAAAGGAAGUGCACGAUGCGUUGGCUCGAAUGGAACGAUUGAAGACACUCAUCACUUGCGCGUUGGCAAAUGACUUGAUGUGCGUAUAA